AUGGAGAGGGCAUGGCAUCAGGCGAACUCCUGCGAGGUACUCAGCCGGGAGGGGCAGCCUGGCACGGCGCCCAUGAAGAUGCUUUUCUCCGGCUAUCGGGCCAGCCUCAAGACCAAGGCCGCCGAGACCCUUGCCCAGCUGGCGACGCUGGAGGAUGCUGAGAAGACGGUUGAGGAGCGGCGCACCCUCUUGUACAACCAGGUGGUGACCAGCUACCACCGGGCCAAGAUCGAGCGGGCCGCCUUGGCUCGUGAGCUGGAGGUCGUCAAGGGUGAGCUCUACGCUUCUUUCGACUUGAUGUCUUAUUUUCUUUUUAAUCUUGUGAGAGAAGGCGAUGACGCAUACAUCGACCAGGGGUGGACGGCCUUCACCGUCGCUCAUCAGCUGCAGAUAGGCCAGUUCCUCGUCUUCAAGAAGUCGUCUGUUGAACUAUGA